UAACAACUAACAAGCAAAGAGAUUCAUCGAUUUCAUGGCUACAGUGUUAUUAUAACGUCUCGUACUAAUAACAUAAUAUAUGUUUGUUUCAGUCUAUAUAGCGUUAUUAUUGAUAUAGGGCAUCAUAACUCGUGUUAUCUAAGUUGCUCUCUUCCGAAAGAACAUCAACCACAUAAAAAGCUUGCUACUCACUCAACCCCAUCCUUCCGCUCCUCCUAAUUGUCUCUAUAUAAACCAGACGCUGAAAGUCUGGAUCCAACCACUUUAAGCUUCUUCUCACUUGAUAUCUUACAGUCGAAAGAUCAGCAAUGCAUUGCCAACCAGCUUUCAUGCUUCUUCUCUGCAUUUCUCUUACACUUGCUUCUCUUUUCCCCCAUGGAUGGGGAGCAAAAUGCAGUAUCAAUGAGGAAGCUCCAACAGUGCAACAGACCCAAGUGGUGUUUGGAAGCUCUCCCAAAUUCAUGGUGGAAGUGAACAACAAGUGCCCAAUGUGCCCAAUCAUCAACGUCCAUUUGAAGUGUGGAAGCUUUCCUCAAGCUCUGGUGAAUCCCCGGCAGCUCAAAGUGCUAGCCGUCGAUGAUUGUGUCAUCAACGGCGGGUUGCCGUUGGCACCUCUGCAGACGUUUUCCUUCAAUUACUCUCACCCAAAGUAUCUCAUGUAUCCUAAGAUUUGGUACUUUCAAUGCGAGUGAUUUGAUGUAAUUAAGUGAUUAAUUAGCAUACACUAAUUUCCUUUGCUUUUAGUACAAUUUGUUAGUUCAUGUGAA